GAAAUAAUUUGAUUUCUGGUCAAAUUGAUCAUUAUAGAAUCGCGAAAAAAACUUUCUAAAGAAAAAUUACUGCCUCUUCCAUCACGCUUUUCUUUAUCAACGAAAUGUCUCCGUUGCUCAGAUCAUGUUUUAUCCAGAUUCACCGAAGAUGGUACAGGUCUUGGUCGAUGCUGGACCAAUAAUGUCCGCGACGUACCGAACAUGAUCGCGCGAUCCAUGGUUCACCAUUUCCUCGGCGGAUGAAGUGAAAGCCAUGAUCGAGGCUGGAGUAGAAUGUAAAGAAGUCGGUGCGAUUCGAGAGAGGGAAACCGCUUUGCUGUCCAGUUACUCCAAGGCAAGCUGAAAGGAAUGUUGAGCGGUGUGCAUCGCAACGCCAACGAGUUCUCUCACACUGAACAUCUCUAAUCAACGUCAACAUCAUCGACGACGCGCCAUUGAUUGAAAAUUCAUGCUUUGACAGAGAAUGAAAUCAAAUUGAAUAUGAUGCUGCCGAGGUACAUUAUUAUCGCAAUAUCUCUAAUAUAUGUUACAGAAUGCGCGACCCAAGUUUACAAGAGUCACUCGGUCGAGACUGCAGUAGUGGUCAAACCGGCAGUCGCGAACGAUGACUUUAUUACACAAACCGUCUACGGAUUCUUGGAUUUUACCACCACUAUUGGUAAUACAGUGAUGGUGUUCAGCCCGCAAAGCGCGCCAUCAGCCAGUGAGAAGGAAAAGAAAAGCACCGUUUCGAUUAUCCAAACGAAGCCGAGCGAAACGAAGGAAAAAGUGGCUCCCGCUAUUCAACCAAGCAAAACGUACAAGACUAAUACCGAGGAAGAAACGAAAAAGCAAGUUAAAGGAACGAAGGUUGUUGUGAAUUCAGUGAUCGAACAGAACGUUAUUAAUUCCUCCGAUGAUAAUGGAUCGAGAAAUGUAAAAGAUCAAGAAGCAAAGACUCAAACUCAAGCGAUGACAAAGAGUCCUGUAGUAUCCUCGCAAGUGCAAAUAAAAUCGAAGGAUGAAGCGCCUGUGAUUAAGAACAAUCUUGCCGAACCUGAAUAUGAUUUCCUCUCGAAGCAGCCUACGGAAAUAGUCGAUGAGACGUACAAGUUGAUCAAUUUGAGGCCGUCGUCAAAAGCUCACGGGAAACCGAGGCCGACUGGUCGUCGGGAGAAGGAGAAUCCAACUGGACUGGUCACGAAGCUCGGUGGAACUAUCGUUAAAGACGGACUGACUACUGUUCACGAAACAAGCGUGAUCGGCACCUACAUAAAUGGGAAAUACGCCCAGGUCCUUCAGAGCUCGUCGAGAAUACUUUCUGGCACGCCGCCCGUUCCAGAAGGCAAAAUCCGUCCCUCGAGCACGCAACGUAUCCUGAAGACUAUCGGGCCCCAACAAGGAAAGCUGAAACCGCAACUGGAACCCACACCAACCCAUCAGCAAGAAGAAUCAUCCUUACCUCUCGAAGUUUUGUUUAGCGCUCCCGCUGGUUCCACGGUAAGAAGCACUCGAAAAAAUUCAACUCCAAACUCAUCGCGGCCGAAAUUCCGGAACAAGAUUAACGAUGAUUACGAGAACAGUGGGGAAGUGCAAAAAUCGAAGCCGAGCAAGAAUCGUAGCAACACAACCUCAAGGCCAGGUUACAAAAAUCGAAAUCCUCCGACGACGACCACCGAGCCGCCCAUCACUCGCCGUCGCACAGGUUUUCGGCCCAACAAUCAACCAUCGAGUUUGCCCUCGAAGCAGAUUAACAAAAGUAAGAACGACCAGCAACCAAUCGCUUCGAAUCCUUUGCCGAAACCGAAGUUGCCAAGAACGCAGGGCCGCUGGUCCUACAAGACGACGCCCAAACCGAGGAUAGCUAUUCGAAAACAAGUGGAUAUCGAGGAGGAUCAACGAGGCUCGAUGUCCGUCGAAACUAGCACGACCGAGGCUCCGUCUGGCGUGGACGAGGGGAAGACUACCGCCGCGUCCUCGCCCCCCUCGUCGACAACGUCCACCUCAGUGACGAGCGGCCAAACGGUUAACGGUCAGAGAAAAAUUCAAGAAGUGGGGAACGACGACGAGUUGGACCCGAGCGAAAGCGAGGAUGUGGCCAGCGUGAGCGUUCAGGAUCAACAUUCCGAGCAACAAAUUUUACCGAUCGAAACGAUCAACGUCGAGAUCUCGACGGCCGCUGAUAUGAGCAACGUGUAUUUCGAAAUUGCCACUAUUAAAUCGCCGUACACAUUCCAGGUUGGAACGUUGAGGAAUACCCGUUACGUGACGGUUACCUCGACGAUGAAGAAAUCAUUUUCAACGAUGGAUCCGUCCACAACUAUAUCCCCGACAGAGCCAUUGACCGAAAAUUUGCUCGCGAAUACGGGAGCGGCGUACGAAACGACGUUGCCAUUGGACUCGGCUGUGGCAACUCUCCCAGCGAUAUCUUUGGAAACCGGGCAAGCGACCCCACCUUUAGAGACAUUGACCGAAACAUUCUCCACGACUCAAACGUUGCUCAAAACUCAUCUGCUCCCGGUCGUUUCCGGCAACAACACGACCAAGAUCACUCUCGUUCAAACGUACAACAUAGCGCGAGUUGUCACUGCAACGAAGACAUUGCCGCCCAUGGACAUCUACCAGUUCAUCCCGAGCAAAGCGUUGAACGAGUUCAACUCGAAACUGGACGAGGCAGGUAGCGAGCUUCAUCUAGAGUUGGACGUCGGUGACGAGGAGAGGGACGACGACGAUAUUCCUAAAAGAGUGGUCGCUCCUAACAACGAAAUGGACGGGGAUUUGGAACCGUUCAAAUCGAUUUCCUCGUCGAAGGUGAAACCCAUGGAGACGCAGAGCGCCUCCAUAGAAUCCCAAUUGACUCCAGAUCAAUUGGCUCUGUUGAAAUAUUUCGGUCAACAGCAACCGCAAGUGAUCACCACGUCGCGACCAAUCGUUGUUCUCGAAACUCUCUACGAGUCCCACGUGAUCCCUGUGGUAAACAAUGGGAACACGAUAUACUCGACGUUGUCGAGGCCGGUCGGAACCGUGCCCCGCACCUCCUACGAAUACGGGACGUCCACCAUUGCGCCUGUUUUAACGCCUCAAUUGCCGCCACAAUUGCCCCACCAAUUGCCACUGUUCCCCCAACAACCUCAGUUCACUGUGACCAGCGCUCCGCUCAUCACCCAAACUCUCGCGACUCUUUCCGAUUCGAAGGUGUUGAAACUCACUUUCGGGGCGAAAACCGCUUACACCACGUUAUUCUCGAGCAGAGUGGUUCCCACUGAAAUCACCACCUACGUCACGACAACCGUACCUGUUCAACCGACGGUCGCACCUUUCCCUGGAUAUUAUCCACCGCCUGUCGGUUACCCACCUUUCCCAUUCGUGGGAUAAAGUUUCGCGCAGGCUCGCGCUUCAACGUGCGGAGAAAUACACGAAUGAAGAAAUAAUAGGGAAUUUUAUUUUCCGAAUGUUUUUGUUUUUGUGGAGGGGGAAGGAGAAAAAAAAAAGAACGUUUGGAUCAGAUAAAUCAUCGACAGAUCGUGAAAGUGAUCGGGAAAGGGGGAAAAAAAAAUAAAUAAAUAAAACGACAAUGUUAAUGACUAAACUUUAUACGGAUACGUAUAGAAA